UUCUAAAUGUCACGGAUUUAUAGUCUCUUUAAUCUGUAACACAUAGUUAUUUUAGAAUUACCUAUUGUUCUUUUCUGUUUACAUUUUUGUUGAAUUCAAGAAGUAAACUUUUAAUUUGACUCAUUCGUUCAGUAAUUAUAAUUGUUUUAUUAUUGAAAUUUGUACCUAAUCCCGUUGAUUAUUUGUCAAGUAUUAUCUCAAUUACUUAAAGUACGAGAUGACCACAGCAGCUAGACCUACGUUUGAUCCAGCUAGAGGGGGCCAAGGCCGUGGUGAAAAAGAUUUGAGUGCCAUAUCUCGUCAGUAUUCUAGCAGAGAUCUUCCUGGCCAUACAAAAUUAAAAUAUCGAGAGCAAGGUCAAGGUACAACAGAAGAAUUACGUUCACGGGAUUUUCGUAAGGAGUUAGAUGACAGAGAAAAAGAAGGUAAGGGCCCAAGUGUAAGAAGACAGAACGAGCCUCCUGUAAAAAGAACUAAGAUAGACCAAGUUCCUGCAGCAAGUUUAGAUGCUGAUGAUCCACUGGAAGGAGAUUCUUCUGAUUCUGAUGACUCUGAUGAUGACACUGCAGCAUUAUUAGCAGAAUUAAACAAAAUUAAAAAAGAACGAGCCAUUGAACAAGCUAAGAAGGAUGCAGAGAAAAAACAAGAAGAAGAACGAAUACGUAUGGAGAAUAUCUUAUCUGGAAAUCCAUUAUUAAAUUAUUCGGCAUCAGGACAAAAAAAUGAUUUAAAGGUUAAAAGGCGAUGGGAUGACGAUGUGGUCUUUAAAAACUGUGCACAAUCAGAACCUGAGAAGAAACUAAAUACCUUUAUAAAUGAUUCACUGAGAUCUGAAUUUCAUAAAAAGUUUAUGGAGAAAUAUGUAAAAUAAUAACAAAGUAAUUAAGUGAUCAAUUAAAGUAACAAGGAUGUUAUGCAAGAUUAAAUUGCAUAAUAUUAUGACAUAAGUUUUCUUUUAUACUUUAGUCAUCAUAUUCAAUAUAUAAGUAAUAAAUAUUUUAUAAAGUAUAUAUAUGUUUAUAAUUGAAGUGUUAAAAGUGGACAACUUUAUAAGAAAUUUAAGGAUUUUUUUUAUACUAAAGUAAAUAAUUUUUUUACCUAUUUAAUGUAGUACAAAUAUAAUAAUAUCGCUCUAUAAAACAUGAAUUAUCAUAAUAAGCUACAUUAUUAUGAAUAAUAUUGAUUACAAGUCUGUAUACUAGAAGAAUAAUACCAUGCUGACCAGAAGGCA